CUUUCCCCCUUUUAGCCAUCUCAGAUCAGGAUAAUCGGGGGUACCAAAUUUCUUUAACCUCUUCACGCCAGCAGCACACAAAUGUGUGGCCUCCCGCAGGGGUGGACUGACAACUCAUGGGGCCCUCGGGCAAUAGGGGAUCAUGGGGCCCCUGUGUCCUUGCCCAAACUCAAAAAAGCCUAUGAAAAAGGUACCAGGGGCAUCUCAUGGGGCCCCCUACUGACCCGGGCCCUCGGGCAGUGCCCGGGUUUCCAAAUGGUCAGUCCGCCCCUG